AUGGAGGCGUUAUAUGAGGGUAUGCGUCGCAUGAGGCACAGGCGCAACCGCAAUAACGCCCUCAUCAACCGGAACUCCAUUGAGCUUCCCCCUGCUCCCCUCUCGACUCCCUCGGGAUCGCGUCCUCAGUCAUUUAAGAUGAUGGAGGAGAGACAUCUUCACCGAGCAAGAGCUCUAUCACGCCCUGUUCCUCCUAACCCUCCCAACUCACCUCGCCUCCAAGAAAACAUGCUCACUCAAGACCCCAACCUGAUUCGGGACUUUUAUAUGUCUCCUCUUGUUGUCAGGGCAGCACAUGGCCUAGCUGUUCUUGAACCCUUGGCUCUAGAACAAUACGAGAUGAGAGACGAACAGCCGACUAACAGCACAACAGACGAGAACGAUGAGUCUCUCCAGCGCUACAAGGAGUCCCUCGGCCUUGGUGGCGGCAAGGACCUCUCUGACGCUUCUGACCCCCGUGUCUGCAUCAUCCUCUCCCUGACCAUGGAGUCUCCCGGUCGUGACCCCGUCACCAUCGACCUUGCUGCUCCCGGCUCUGAGGCGACCCUCAAGGACAAGCCCUUCAAGAUCAAGGAGGGUGCCAAGUUCACCAUGGUUGCCAAGUUCAAGGUCCAGCACGAGAUUCUCAGCGGUCUGCAAUACGUCCAGGUCGUCAAGCGCAAGGGUAUCAAGGUCAGCAAGGACUCUGAGAUGCUGGGCAGCUACGCUCCCAACACCGACAAGCAGACUACCUACACCAAGCGCUUCCAAGAGGAGGACGCUCCCUCCGGCAUGCUCGCCAGAGGUCACUACAACGCCAUCUCCAGCUUCGUCGACGACGAUAAGAAGACUCACUUGACCUUUGAGUGGUCUUUCGACAUUGCCAAGGACUGGUAG